AUGGGGGCUACUCAGUCUCCGACAUUCGUCGGCCUCAAAGGCCAGAACCUCAUCUACGCUGUUACACUAUGCUGCUCAUUCGGCUUCCUCCUCUUCGGAUAUGACCUUGGCUUCAUGGGCGGGUUAACGACAUCACCUACAUUUCUAGGAACGUUCGGAAACCCAGAAGCCUCACUCCUCGCAUUUCUAGUCUCCGCAUACGAAGUCGGCGCCAUGAUGGGCGCAUUAUUCCAGUUCCUGAACGGCGAUCGAUUCGGCCGGAAACCUAACAACAUGGCCGGGGCGGUGAUUGUCGCGAUCGGUGCGACGUUGCAAGCUUCCAGCUUUUCACUGCCUCAAUUCCUGGUCGGUCGCAUUGUUGCCGGGUUUGGACUGGGUAUUAUGACGACUGUUAUUCCGAUUUGGCUUUCUGAGUGCAGUAUGCCGAAAUCGAGAGGAAGGAUGAUGGCUAUGCAGCUUUCGAAUUUGAUUGUCGGGCUCAUUCUAGCGAAUUGGCUUGAUUAUGGCCUUGCUAAGUAUGUGGGUUCGGUCCAGUGGAGGUUUCCAUGUGCUUUUCAGGUUGUUUUUUGUAUCAUUGUUCUUUGUUUCCUGCCUUGGCUUCCCGAGUCACCGCGAUACUUGUGCACAACAGGAGAGACGGAAAAAGCGAAAAUAUCCUUGGCUGCGCUGCGUGCUGGGUACCCCGAUGAUCCGGAUGUGAUAGAGGAAUAUAAGGAGAUUGAGUAUGCGAUCGCGGUCGAGGCGGAGCAAGCAGGUUCGUGGGCAGACGUCUUCAAAGACAAUGGAAUCAGCGGGUUCUCACGAGUGGCGAUCGGAUUCGCAGCCAACUUCUUUCAACAGAUGUCUGGAUGCAAUGUGAUGUCGUCACUUGGCCCCUAUGUCUUUCAGGAUUCGAUUGGAAUGUCACGCAACAACGCAAUGCUUGUCUCCGGAGGUCUACAGGUAUUCUAUUUUCUGAGCAGCCUGGUCCCAUGGCUAAUCAUCGAUCGCGUUGGGCGACGCAAGUUGUUCAUGAUCGGAUCGACUGGAAUGGGAAUUUGCAUGCUGUGUUCCGCGAUUUUCGUGGGCAUUGGCACAACGAGGCUCGGAUACGCAGCUGCAGUUAUGCUAUAUCUAUUCCAGACAUUCUUCACCUUAGGAUGGCAAUCCAAUAUGUGGAUCUAUCCUAGCGAGCUGCUGCCUUUGAAGUUGAGAGGACGGGGUGCUGCCCUGGCUGUCGUGUCGCAGUGGCUGUUCACGUUCUUAGUUGUUGAGAUCACCCCGCCCAUGAUUACGAACAUUGGUUACCGUAGUUAUGUCAUUUUCGCUGUGAUUAAUUUUGCGACCGUGCCAUUGGUAUACUUUACCUUCCCGGAGACCAGGCAGAUGCCGCUUGAGGCAGUUGAUCUGUUCUUUGCCGACCGAGACGGGAAGAGACCAUCUCUUUGGCGCGUCGUUCAGGACUCUCUGAACCCGGACUUCGUGGCGGGGGUCAAACUACAACUCGAAGAAAGAGCGAGAAACAGAGUCGAUCUGAGUGACAAGCUUUCUGAGAAGGGAGAGCACUUGGAGGUGGAGGAGGCUUAG